GACGCCAAACGCUCAGUUAAAGGGGUCGGUAACCGCAAACUACAAGUUCGAGUUAUGUCAAGCAUUUAUAGAGAUCUAUGGAAGAGAUUCAGGAGAUUAUAUGGGCUGGGGGCAGGGGCGUCCCUAGGUGCGGGGGGUGCGCGCCACACCAUGUGACUACUACCGCACAGGGUGACACCAGACCCGCUCCACGAAAAAAAGGUAAGUUGUAAAGCAAGCCGACAAUCCCUGCAGGAUGGAUCGGAUCUGCGGAUUGAGCAUAAUGGAUCGGAGUCCGAUCCAUUAUGCUCCCCAAUCCGCAGAUCCGAUCC